AUGCAGUCCAACAUGGCGAGCAGUGUCUCUCAAAAAUCGCGCCAGCGUCGUCUGCGCCGCAUAACCACAAUGCCGAGUCUUCCGAAGGUCGUCCUCUCCACACCUCAACUAUCCACUCCGUCUUGCAAUCUACCCAUCCAUUUUAGUCCAGUCCUCUCGACGGUUCCGUCCAUCGAGUCUUUCAUCACCACAUCUACGGACGACGGUGAUCGCUAUACCUCGGUAGAUAUCGCUCCCCCACCUGUUUCUCCUCACUCUCGUGUCUUAUCUCACGACGGAAACAAGAACCCAGACUCCUCUUUUCUCAACUCUUCCAACCUCUCUCCUUCAUUUGACGACCUUUUUGCUACACGAGAAGCCGCACAUGCAGUACCCGUCCCUCCUGCCCUCACUACUCUCGAAGUUCUGGCUUCCUCUACUUCCAACGCCAGAGUUCCCACUCUGCCUGCUCCUCAUUUCUACCGCAAUUUAACCAAUCCUGAUGCCGGUAUUGCUGCAUCCAAGACAUCUUCCCUUGCUGCUCCUGACUCGGCUCCUGCCCACACUCCUAUCGAUGCGGACCCUCCUCUACCCACUACUUCUAGUGGCGAUAUUUCAGCACCAACCACCGAGGAGAUCUUCGAGAAAACCCCACCUCCCUCGGCAAUACCUACUGACUCGCGUGAAAUGGUCGUCGUCGUGAUCGGGGGUCACUCCCCUGGGCUAUACCCCUCACUCGCAGCGGCCGCUUCUGCCAUUACGCCUGGAGCCAAAGUGCACGUCUUCCGGACCAAGCUUGAAGCUCGGCGCGAGAUGAAUCGCAUAUACCGACAAAAUGGACUGGCGGCCAAUACUUCGAUUUUUCCCUCUUCUGCAUCUCCAUGUUCUCGCCUACCGGCUCACAGCACUGAUACCUAUGUUGAUGAUGAAAACGAUUCCUUGGGUGGAACAAGAUCGAAAUUACAGUCGUCACGCUCAACUGGGAAUAGCAUAUCAGUUUCUUUUGCUGCUGAGGGGAUAUCGUCUAGGAUUACUGGUCCACUGCUCAACUUCACCUAUCGUCAUGGGACAGAAAUCACCAAUGACCCUCCGUCGAUCAACACCUUCAUUCCGUCCACUGAAGAUGAAGUGUUCGACUUCGAAGCGUUCAUCAAUGCUCUCAGUCCUAAAGCUCGGUUCGUCUCUCAGAGCCGACACUGCUACUACGCCAUUGCGCGUGGCCGGGUGCGGACAAUCGUAGGCAGCUUUGAAGAAAUGUACCUUCUGACGAGAAGACUUCCGUUUGAGCCCAUUGCAAAAGGCUUUUUCAGUUUCGAUGCCGCGAAGGAUUGGAUACUCAAAAAUUGA